AUGGAAGUCAGCAUGUUGAGUCUGAGCUUAAUUCUGACAGUGCUCACAGUAGAGAAGUGGGUGAGAGGCCGCGCCAUUGACCGUGGUGAGGUUGACAUCGGAACUCAACAGAACCAGGCAAUCCCGCCGGGGCUUUUCUGGAGGUUUCACAUGACUGUGCACCAUCCGACCUACGUCAAGUUCAAUCUCUCCCUUUCACACAACGCCCUGCUGGGGGUCUAUGGACGCAGGAACAUCCCGCCCACACACACCCAGUUCGACUUUGUGAAGCUGCUGGAUGGGAAGGCCCUGCCCAGGUCCUUGACCGAUCCCGUCUCGACCGCCAAAGCCCCCAAAGGCCUGCUGCUGAGCGGCCUGCAAGAAACCGGCUUCAUCGAGUACAUGGACCCGGGGACGUGGCACCUCGCCCUGUACAACGACGGACGCAACCUGGAGCAGGUGUUACUCCACAGCACUCCCUUCGACUCGAUGGACGGCUGUUCCACAGACUGUAAUGGAAAUGGGGAGUGCGUGGCUGGACACUGCCACUGCUUUGCUGGAUUCCUGGGUCCAGACUGUGCCAAAGACUCGUGCCCGGUGCUGUGCAGCGGUAACGGCAUAUACGAGAAAGGAAGGUGUGUGUGCCUGCCAGGGUGGAAGGGGGCGGAGUGUAACGUGGAGGAAGGUCAAUGUAUCGAUCCGACCUGCUCCAACCACGGCACCUGCAUCCAGGGCAUCUGCAUAUGCAGUCCAGCCUACAAGGGAGUCAACUGUGAGCAAGUGGACUGCGUGGACCCCCAGUGUGGCGGGCACGGCGUGUGCGUGCGCGGGGAGUGCGUGUGCUCGGCGGGAUGGGCCGGGGUGAGCUGCGACGACCCUCUGCCAGCCUGUCAGGAGCAGUGCUCGGGCCACGGCACCUACCUCCCGGAGUCGGACACCUGCGCCUGCCAGCCCAACUGGACGGGACCGGACUGCUACACGGAGCUGUGCCCGGUGCCAUGUGGCAGCCACGGCGUUUGCUCGGAGGGCCAGUGCCAGUGCAAGGAGGGUUGGACCGGCGCCGCGUGCGACCAGAGAGCAUGCCACCCUCGCUGCGAAGAACACGGCCAGUGCCACGACGGGACCUGCAUCUGCCAGCCCGGCUGGGAGGGGGAACACUGUAACAUUGACGGUUGCCCUGGGCUGUGCAGCGGACAUGGUCGCUGUACCCUGGAGCAGAGUGGCUGGCGCUGCAUCUGCCAAGCUGGAUGGAGUGGGCCCGGAUGCAGCGUUGUCAUGGAAACUGACUGCAGUGACGGAACUGACAACGACGGAGACGGCCUGAUGGACUGCGUGGAUCCCGACUGCUGUGAGCAGCUGAGCUGUGGCUCCGACCCUCUGUGCCACGGCUCGGCUGACCCGCUGACCCUUCUGCAGCAGGGCCCGCCGGCCCCAGCCGCCCCCCCUGCUCCGGGCAGCGUACACACCCACAGCUUCUACCGCCGCAUACGCUUUCUCCUCGGCAAGGCGGCCACGCACACUCUCCCAGGCGACGUUCCCUUUGACACCAGUCGGGCGGCUGUGAUUCGAGGCAGCGUGGUGCUGCAGGAUGGCUCUCCUCUGGUUGGAGUCAACAUCACCUUCCCACAGCAUCCCGAAUAUGGCUACACAAUCAGUCGGCAGGAUGGAAGUUUCGACUUGGUGACUUUUGGGGCCACGUCUGUGACCCUCAUGUUCCAGCGGCCACCCUUUGUCCCGCAAACGCGCACUGUCUGGACCCCGAACAACAACUUCCUGGUUCUGGAUCAGGUGACCAUGUCCAGAGAGGAAGCCCAAUCUCCUAAGUGUGAAAUCAGGAGUGUUCUGAGUCCCUACCCACUGGUCCUCCCCUACCCGCUUCCCAGAUACACAGGAGCAUGUGCGGAUAAGGGGCCAGCGGUGCCAGAACUACAGGCGGUUCAGGAGGAAGUUUCAAUCCCAGGAGCCUUUGUUAAACUGAACUACCUGAGCACUCGGGCUGCGGGCUACCUCUCGCUGCUGCGCAUCCUCCUCACGCCCCCCUCCCCCUCGUCUCCUGUUUCCCCUCUGGGUGGUCUUUCCAAAGUGCACGUCCGCGCGUCCGUCCAAGGAAGGCUGUACCAGCGGUGGUAUCCUGCUGGGCCCGGCCUUGUGCACAAGCUGAUCUGGAACAAAACGGAUGUUUAUGGCCAGGAGGUCUGGGGCUUGACUCAUGCAACUGUAUCUGUUGGAUAUGAGUAUGAGUCAUGUCCUGGCGUCAUCCACUGGGAAAGGAGGACAGCUCUGAUGCAAGGGUUUGAACUGGUGCCCUCCAACCUGGGAGGAUGGUCUCUGGAUAAACACCACGCUCUAAACAUACGCAGUGGAAUCCUUCACAAAGGAAAUGGAGAGAACGUCUUCCUCUCCCAGCAGCCCCCUGUCAUCAGCACGGUUAUGGGGAACGGGUUCUACCGCAGCGUGCCCUGCGGCCCCGGCUGCAGCGGUGCGGCUCGGGACAUGAUGCUGUUCGCCCCCGUGGCGCUCGCCAGCGGCCCCGACGGUUCCCUCUACGUCGGGGACUUCAACUUCAUCCGCAGGGUCCACCCUGAUGGCUACACCCGGACCGUGUUGGAACUCAACACCAGCCCUGCUCAUAAGUACUACCUGGCCAUGGACCCUGUGGGUGAGGUCCUCUACGUGUCCGACACCAGCAGUCGCAGGGUUUACCGGGUCAGGAACCUCGGGCAGCCCAAGGACCCGUCGCGCAACCUCGAGGUGGUGGCGGGGACCGGAGAGCAGUGUCUGCCUUUUGACCAGAGCCACUGCGGAGAGGGCAGGAAGGCCACCGAAGCGGCGCUGAACAACCCUAGAGACAGACACAACGCAUUUGCUUCCUCCGUGCACGGCCCCACAGCUGCGAGGCACGCCUUUGGUGUCACGAUAGCAGAGCCCGGGAUGCCCAGAAUGAAGCUGUGA